GAGGUAAAAAAAGAGUAAAGGUCAUCUCAUCUAUAGAUUAGAGCAUAAGAUUAGCUGUAAACUACUUCCGCUAAUUCAUCCGGUUGACACUCACACGACACAGAACAAGGGGUUCAUACACACACAAACUCGUGUGUAUCUGUAUUUGUAUACACAAGAUACAUAAACACUUACAGUAGAUGAGAUUAAGUACACAUAAAUUAUAAAAUGGCGGGUAGCUGUGUUUCUUCUUCUUCAUAUUUCAUCAUCGUCAUGUUCUUCUCGAUUUCUCUUUUCGCAGACCUCUCUACAUCUACUUUCAUUUCAGAUGAUAUCUUUGAAUCUCAUGCCUCGAUAGGACGCAACCUGCUUCAGGCUAAAAAAGCUUGCCCAGUUGACUUUGAGAAUAAGAACUAUACCAUCAUUACUAGCCAAUGCAAAGGGCCCAAUUACCAACCCAAGCCUUGUUGCGACUCCCUUAAAGAAUUUGCUUGCCCUUACACGGAUGAGUUGAAUGACCUAUCAAAUAGUUGUUCUGAUACAAUGUUCAGCUACAUCACGACCAAGGGAAAUUAUCCAGCUGGUCUGUUUUCCAGUUUCUGCAGGGAAGGAAAGGAGGGGCUUGAUUGCUCUUCAUACACACCACCAGAUUCAGCUAAAGAUGCAAGUGACAGCAAUACAUGGAAUCAGUUUCAGUUACUAAUGUUAACAGCAUUUCUGGUUGUAUCAUUUUUUGUUUUCUAAAAGCUCUAGCAGGUGUACAUUUACUUUUAUCUUGUUGGCCUUUGUAGAAGUUCUGAGUUCUCAUACACAAGCUUAAAGUCCCCAAUCCCCAUGUAAAAUAUUAUGUGUACCGUGA